ACGGUGAAAAGUAGUCCCUUCUCGGCGUUUCUGCGCAGGGAUCCGCCGGAGCGGCGCGGCCGAUUGUUAUAUAAGGAGGCGCCGGGCGUGGCGCAGGCAGUUCCGUGGAGGCCGGGAGGUCGGUUGUUCGUCUCCGUGCGCUUCUGUCACAGCCGCUUGACAAUGCAGAUCUUCGUGAAGACUUUGACGGGUAAGACCAUCACCCUGGAGGUGGAGCCCAGUGACACCAUCGAGAACGUCAAGGCGAAGAUCCAGGACAAGGAGGGCAUCCCCCCUGACCAGCAGAGGUUGAUCUUUGCUGGCAAACAGCUGGAAGAUGGGCGCACCCUGUCCGACUACAACAUCCAGAAGGAGUCCACUCUGCACCUGGUCCUUCGCCUCAGGGGGGGCAUGCAGAUCUUCGUGAAGACCUUGACGGGUAAGACCAUCACCCUGGAGGUGGAGCCCAGUGACACCAUCGAGAACGUCAAGGCGAAGAUCCAGGACAAGGAGGGCAUCCCCCCUGACCAGCAGAGGUUGAUCUUUGCCGGCAAACAGCUGGAAGAUGGGCGCACCCUGUCCGACUACAACAUCCAGAAGGAGUCCACUCUGCACCUGGUCCUUCGCCUCAGGGGGGGCAUGCAGAUCUUCGUGAAGACCUUGACGGGUAAGACCAUCACCCUGGAGGUGGAGCCCAGUGACACCAUCGAGAACGUCAAGGCGAAGAUCCAGGACAAGGAGGGCAUCCCCCCUGACCAGCAGAGGUUGAUCUUUGCCGGCAAACAGCUGGAAGAUGGGCGCACCCUGUCCGACUACAACAUCCAGAAGGAGUCCACUCUGCACCUGGUCCUUCGCCUCAGGGGGGGCAUGCAGAUCUUCGUGAAGACUUUGACGGGUAAGACCAUCACCCUGGAGGUGGAGCCCAGUGACACCAUCGAGAACGUCAAGGCGAAGAUCCAGGACAAGGAGGGCAUCCCCCCUGACCAGCAGAGGUUGAUCUUUGCCGGCAAACAGCUGGAAGAUGGGCGCACCCUGUCCGACUACAACAUCCAGAAGGAGUCCACUCUGCACCUGGUCCUUCGCCUCAGGGGGGGCAUGCAGAUCUUCGUGAAGACCUUGACGGGUAAGACCAUCACCCUGGAGGUGGAGCCCAGUGACACCAUCGAGAACGUCAAGGCGAAGAUCCAGGACAAGGAGGGCAUCCCCCCUGACCAGCAGAGGUUGAUCUUUGCUGGCAAACAGCUGGAAGAUGGGCGCACCCUGUCCGACUACAACAUCCAGAAGGAGUCCACUCUGCACCUGGUCCUUCGCCUCAGGGGGGGCAUGCAGAUCUUCGUGAAGACCUUGACGGGUAAGACCAUCACCCUGGAGGUGGAGCCCAGUGACACCAUCGAGAACGUCAAGGCGAAGAUCCAGGACAAGGAGGGCAUCCCCCCUGACCAGCAGAGGUUGAUCUUUGCCGGCAAACAGCUGGAAGAUGGGCGCACCCUGUCCGACUACAACAUCCAGAAGGAGUCCACUCUGCACCUGGUCCUUCGCCUCAGGGGGGGCAUGCAGAUCUUCGUGAAGACUUUGACGGGUAAGACCAUCACCCUGGAGGUGGAGCCCAGUGACACCAUCGAGAACGUCAAGGCGAAGAUCCAGGACAAGGAGGGCAUCCCCCCUGACCAGCAGAGGUUGAUCUUUGCCGGCAAACAGCUGGAAGAUGGGCGCACCCUGUCCGACUACAACAUCCAGAAGGAGUCCACUCUGCACCUGGUCCUUCGCCUCAGGGGGGGCAUGCAGAUCUUCGUGAAGACCUUGACGGGUAAGACCAUCACCCUGGAGGUGGAGCCCAGUGACACCAUCGAGAACGUCAAGGCGAAGAUCCAGGACAAGGAGGGCAUCCCCCCUGACCAGCAGAGGUUGAUCUUUGCUGGCAAACAGCUGGAAGAUGGGCGCACCCUGUCCGACUACAACAUCCAGAAGGAGUCCACUCUGCACCUGGUCCUUCGCCUCAGGGGGGGCAUGCAGAUCUUCGUGAAGACCUUGACGGGUAAGACCAUCACCCUGGAGGUGGAGCCCAGUGACACCAUCGAGAACGUCAAGGCGAAGAUCCAGGACAAGGAGGGCAUCCCCCCUGACCAGCAGAGGUUGAUCUUUGCCGGCAAACAGCUGGAAGAUGGGCGCACCCUGUCCGACUACAACAUCCAGAAGGAGUCCACUCUGCACCUGGUCCUUCGCCUCAGGGGGGGCAUGCAGAUCUUCGUGAAGACCUUGACGGGUAAGACCAUCACCUUGGAGGUGGAGCCCAGUGACACCAUCGAGAAUGUCAAAGGGAAGAUCCAAGAAAAAGAGGGCAUCCCCCCUGACCAGCAGAGGUUGAUCUUUGCUGGCAAACAGCUGGAAGAUGGGCGCACCCUGUCCGACUACAACAUCCAGAAGGAGUCCACUCUGCACUUGGUCCUGCGCUUGAGGGGAGGUGUCUAAUUUCCCCCUUUAAGCUGUUGACAAAAUUCAUUGCACUUUUCUUUCAAUAAAGUUGUUGCAUUCCCAAA